AUGGCCGAGCUCGCCGACGCCGUGGCGGAGCUCGCGAAUGCGCGGGCGGCGAUGGCGGCCCCACCACCGGACGCCGUCAUCCACGACAUCGCGGACGACGACGCCCCCGUUCCUGGCCGCUUCGACUGCGCCGGCGACCAGCUCGUUCUGGUCGUGUCCUUCGAGACCCUCGCUGGGAACGCCCAGCGCCGCCAGCUUCCCCGGCUGAGCGCUGAGCCGGUGCGCACCCUGAAGCGAAGCUUCGAGGUGGAGAACAAGCUGGAGACCGAGCGCGGGGCGCGUCUGGCUCACCUGCAGCCGCGCCAGGUCGCCGUAUGGUUCCAGAACCGCCGCGCGGGCUGGAAGACCAAGCAGCUCGAGGCCUCGAGCGCGACUACAACGCCCUGCUUCUCUCUCCUGUAG